AUGUCGAUGUCUCAUGUCACCGAAUACCUGGAUGUGAAGUCAGAGCAUCAGGAGGCAUCCUGGAAACCCAUUGGUGGCAGUGAAGAGAUGUUGUCAACCUGUCAUCUCUUCAGAGGAGUGGAAACAGCUGCUCCACCUCUGGUCCAGGAGCAGAUGCAGAGGAGACAGCUGGAGAAUUCCAGGGGUUCUCUUUGGGAAAAGUCAAGAAUGAAGAUGCCGAAGGACACUUCGGAGAUGGGGAUGGACCCCAGAGGCCGGAGGAAAACCAAGCAGUGCGGAAAGAGCUUCAGUGAGAAAAGAGCCCUUGCUUCUCAUCAAAAAAGUCACACAGUUGGGGAACAAUAUAAACAGAGUCCAAACCAAGCAUCUCUCAUGCAGGAGGCUUCAUGUACUUUUAAAGUCCACACAGGGGAGAAACCUUUUGAAUGCUCAGAGUGUGGAAAGAGAUUCAGUCUCAAUGGCAAUCUUCAAAGACAUCUAAGAAGCCACACAGGGGAGAAGCCGUUUGAAUGCUUAGAGUGUCGGAAGAGAUUCAGUCACAGUGGCAAUCUUCAAAGUCAUUUAAGAACCCACACAGGGGAGAAACCUUUUGAAUGUUCAGAGUGUGGAAAGAGAUUCAGUGAGUGUAGCACUCUUCAAAAACAUCUAAGAACCCAUACAGGGGAGAAAGCUUUCAAAUGCUUAGAGUGUGGGAGGAGAUUCAGUCACAGUAGCACUCUUCAAAGACAUCUAAGAACCCACACAGGGGAGAAGCCGUUUGAAUGCUCAGAGUGUCACACAGGGGAGAAACCUUUUGAAUGCUCUGAGUGUGGAAAGAGAUUCAGUGAGCAUGGCACUCUUCAAAAACAUCUAAGAACCCAUACAGGGGAGAAGCCUUUUGAAUGCUUAGAGUGUGGGAAGAGAUUCAGUCAUAGUAGCACUCUUCAAAAACAUCUAAGAAACCACACAGGGGAGAAACCUUUUGAAUGCUCAGAGUGUGGGAAGAGAUUCAGUGACAGUAGCACUCUUCAAAACCAUUCAAGAACUCACGCAGGGGUGAAACAUUUUGAAUGCUCAGAGUGUGGGAAGAGAUACAGUGACAGUAGCAGUCUUGAAGAACAUCUAAGGACCCAUACAAGGGAGAAACCUUUUCUAUGCUCAGAGUGUGGGAAGAGAUUCAGUGGCCCUAGUGGUCUUCAAAAACAUCGAAGAACCCACACCGGGGAGAAGCCUUUUGAGUGUUCAGUGUGUGCGAAGAGGUUCAGUCAGGGUUGCACUCUUCGAAGACAUCUAAAAACCCACACAGGGGAGAAACCUUUUGAAUGCUCAGAGUGUGGGAAGAGAUUCAGUGAGAACAGCUCUCUUCAAGGACAUCUAAGAACCCACACAGGGGAGAAACCUUUUGAAUGCUUAGAGUGUGGACAGAGAUUCAGUCUCAGGAGUACUCUUAAAAAUCAUCUAAGAACCCACACAGAGGAUAAGCCUUUUGAAUGUUCAGUGUGUAGGAAGAGAUUCCGUCGCAGCGGCCAUCUUCAAAAUCAUCUAAGAACCCACACAGGAGAUAAGCCUUUUGAAUGUUCAGAAUGUGGGAAGAGAUUCAGUCACAGUAGCACUCUUCAAAGACAUCUAAGAACCCACACAGGGGAGAAGCCUUUUGAAUGCUCAGAGUGUGGACAGAGAUUCAGUCUCAGGAGUACUCUUAAAAAUCAUCUAAGAACCCACACAGAGGAUAAGCCUUUUGAAUGUUCAGAGUGUAGGAAGAGAUUCCGUCGCAGCGGCCAUCUUCAAAAUCAUCUAAGAACCCACACAGGAGAUAAGCCUUUUGAAUGUUCAGAAUGUGGGAAGAGAUUCAGUCACAGUAGGAAUCUUCGAAAUCAUGUCAGAACCCACGCAAGGGAGAGGCCUUUUGAGUGCUCAGAGUGGGAGGAAAUUCAGUCAGAGUGGCUUGCUUCAAGAGCACCAAAGAACCCACAUAAUAUAACUGCUUAGCUAUGAGUUGUCAAGCUCCU